AUGGUUUUAAAGAACAAUAUAGAAAAAACCCUAAGAGACUUGGAAACGAGAAUCAACGAGUUGGAGCAACGUAACGAAAGUUUACAUUCUGAAUUCAAAUACUUUGAAGAUGAUGUUAGAGAGCGAGAAGAAGAAACCAAAGCCAAUAUUAAGGAUUUAGAAGAAAAGAUUCAAAAACGAGAAGAAGAUCAAAAAUCUUGA